GCGACCGCCGCGCGCGCCGCACGCGCUCACACGCGCAACCUCGCGCCCUUUACGUAACGCGCGACCACCGCGCGCGACCAGCGCCGACGACAAGGUUCGGAGUGUUCAGUGUAUCCACUCGGUUUUACUUUGCAAGGAGACGGAGCCGGGAGCGGAUCGGCGAUCGGCCGAGGCGGUGGGAGUGGUAGUGGCAUGUUGCGCGCGCGUCGAGGCAGGAGAGAGGAGCGCGCGCGGCCUGCGAGCGACGCGGCCCCCUCACCGCGCGCGUUCUAGACACCCUGACACUGCACUAUAUACGGUCGGACAUGAAAAAUCUCGCCCAUUCGCUAGCUGCCCCUAUCAGCGAUCACGUGGUAACUUUCAUCACUCUGGUAGCCGCGGCCACACUGCUCUCGCGGACGACAGGGCGUACCGGCCGUAGGUGGUCGGCGGGAGAUAGGGGGCGCGCGGCGUGCGGCCGCAAGCGGGCCCCGCACCAUACACACCCGCCCAUUCACUGUUAGCAGUAGGCAGUUCACUCGGGGGGAGUUCGAUAGACAAUGUCCGUGGACUUGGACUCGAUCAGCGAGGAAGAACGUAGCUUGUUCCGACCCUUCACGCGCGAGUCACUUGCCGCUAUCGAAGCCCGCAUAGCAGAGGAGCAUGCCAAGCAAAAAGAACUCGAGAAAAAGCGAGCGGAAGGCGAGAACGAUUUGGGGCGGACGAAAAAGAAAAAAGAAGUGCGGUACGAUGACGAGGACGAAGACGAGGGCCCGCAGCCGGACGCGACGCUGGAGCAGGGGCUGCCGCUGCCCGUGCGUAUGCAGGGCUCCUUCCCCGCGGAGCUCUCCUCCACACCCCUCGAGGACAUCGACCCUUUCUAUCACAAUCAAAAAACCUUCGUAGUUAUAAGCAAGGGUAGAGAUAUCUUCAGGUUUUCGGCCACAGACGCCAUGUGGAUAUUAGACCCGUUCAAUCCAAUAAGAAGAGUGGCGAUAUACAUACUUGUACAUCCUUUGUUCUCGUUGUUUAUUAUUACCACGAUUUUAGUCAACUGCAUUCUUAUGAUAAUGCCUACAACACCUACGGUCGAAAGUACUGAAGUUAUCUUUACCGGGAUCUACACGUUUGAAUCGGCGGUGAAAGUAAUGGCCAGGGGUUUCAUUCUACAGCCAUUCACAUACCUUAGAGAUGCAUGGAAUUGGCUUGACUUCGUAGUUAUAGCUUUAGCUUACGUGACGAUGGGCAUUGACCUGGGCAACUUGGCCGCGCUCAGAACCUUCAGGGUACUGCGAGCGCUCAAGACCGUGGCCAUUAUACCUGGGUUGAAGACCAUCGUAGGAGCUGUGAUAGAAUCAGUCAAAAAUCUGCGCGACGUGAUCAUCCUGACGAUGUUUUCGCUGUCAGUGUUCGCGCUGAUGGGCCUCCAGAUCUACAUGGGCGUGUUGACGCAGAAGUGCAUCAAACAUUUCCCCGAGGACGGCUCGUGGGGCAACCUCACGGAUGAGAACUGGGAGAGGUUCUGUCAGAAUGAAACUAACUGGUACGAGGAAAAUGGCGACUACCCUCUAUGUGGAAACUCGUCAGGAGCCGGGCAAUGCGAGCCGGGUUACAUGUGCCUGCAAGGCUACGGGCCAAACCCCAACUACGGGUACACCAGCUUUGACACCUUCGGCUGGGCCUUCCUUUCUGCCUUUCGGCUCAUGACACAGGACUACUGGGAGAACCUUUACCAACUGGUGCUAAGAUCAGCGGGCUCAUGGCACGUACUGUUCUUCGUGGUGAUCAUCUUCCUGGGCUCCUUCUACCUGGUCAACUUGAUCCUGGCCAUCGUCGCCAUGUCCUACGACGAGCUGCAGAAGAAGGCCGAGGAGGAGGAACAGGCUGAGGAGGAAGCUCUUAGGGAAGCAGAACAGAAGGCAGCAGCGAGAGCGGACAAGCAGGAAGCGAGAGAAGCGCACGCGCGGGAAGUGGCGGCGGCGGCUGAGGCGGCCGCGUACGCAGAGGCGCACCCGGCCAAAUCACCGAGCGAAUUCUCCUGUCACAGCUACGAGCUGUUCGUGAACCAGGAGCGCGGCAACCAGGACGACAAUACCCGCGAGCGAAUGUCGCUCCGAAGCGACCCCUUCCAGGACUCGGUGAGCACUCAGCCCACGCACAAGCCCACCGCCGACACGCACCACGAGGCACGCCGGCAGAGGAAAGUCAGCAUGGCAUCGUUAUCGCUGCCGGGCUCUCCGUUCAACUUGCGUCGAGGGUCGAGAGGCUCCCAUCAGAUGGCAUUGCGGCCCAACGGUCGGCCCCGGUAUCCCCCCGGGGCCGACCGCAAGCCGCUGGUGCUGUCUACGUACCUGGAUGCGCAGGAGCAUCUUCCCUACGCCGACGACUCCAACGCCGUCACGCCAAUGUCUGAAGAAAACGGUGCUAUCAUCAUCCCUGUUUACUACGCUAACUUAGGAUCUCGGCACUCUUCGUACACGUCCCAUCAGUCGCGUCUGUCGUACACGUCACACGGAGACCUGCUGGGCGGUGGCCGGUCUCAGACCAAGGAGGCCAAACUCAGAGGCCGCUCAGCCUCAAGGAACCACAGCGUCACGUCGCAGCCGCACGCGUACCCUCUACCCAGGCAGGACUCAUCGCUAGCGUCAAGACCGCUUAGAGAAUACGAGAUGAGCACGACUGAAUGUACGGACGAGGCCGGGAAAGUGUUGAAACCUUCGAACGACAAUCCUUUCAUUGAGUCCUCUCAACAGCCCAACGUCGUCGAUAUGAGAGAUGUGAUGGUCUUAAACGAAAUUAUCGAGCAAGCUGGAAGACAAAGUAGAGCGAGCGAUCAGAACGUGUCAGUGUACUACUUCCCAACAGCGGAAGAGGAUGAGGACGGCCCCACGUUUAAGGAGAAACUCCUCGAGUGCCUCAUGAAAGGGAUAGACCUGUUCUGUGUGUGGGACUGCUGCUGGCUAUGGCUAGAGUUCCAGAAGUACGUGGCGCUGCUCGUGUUCGACCCCUUCGUCGAGCUCUUCAUCACGCUCUGUAUCGUCGUCAACACACUCUUCAUGGCCUUAGACCACCACGACAUGGACAGAGAUAUGGAAAAAGCACUCAAAAGUGGCAACUAUUUUUUCACAGCGACAUUCGGAAUAGAAGCUAUGUUAAAAUUAAUAGCAAUGAGCCCGAAGUAUUAUUUUCAAGAAGGAUGGAAUAUUUUUGACUUUAUCAUUGUGGCCUUAUCAUUAUUGGAGUUGGGUUUAGAAGGUGUUCAGGGUUUGUCUGUGUUGCGUUCCUUUCGCUUGCUUCGAGUAUUCAAAUUGGCAAAGUCAUGGCCGACACUUAAUUUACUCAUCUCUAUAAUGGGUAGGACGAUGGGUGCCUUGGGCAACCUGACCUUCGUAUUGUGCAUCAUUAUUUUCAUAUUUGCCGUGAUGGGUAUGCAACUAUUCGGGAAAAAUUAUGUGGAUUACGUGGAUCGCUUCCCUGAUGGAGACCUUCCGAGAUGGAACUUUACUGAUUUCAUGCACAGUUUCAUGAUAGUAUUCCGAGUACUUUGUGGAGAAUGGAUAGAAAGUAUGUGGGACUGCAUGUUAGUCGGAGACGUAUCAUGCAUCCCAUUCUUCUUGGCCACAGUUGUCAUUGGUAAUCUUGUGGUUCUUAACCUCUUCUUGGCCCUGUUACUGUCAAAUUUUGGUUCGUCGAGUUUAUCGACGCCUACCGCAGACCAAGACACCAACAAGAUAGCAGAGGCCUUCAACAGGAUAUCGAGGUUCAUCGACUGGGUCAAGCGCAACGUGAAUGAGUUCCUCAAGAUUGUCAAAAAUAAGCUGACCAACCAGAUAGCAAUACACGCUCCCGAGCGCGUUGACAACGAACUAGAGCUGGGCACGGACCUCGAUGACGCAAUACUGUACAAAGACAAGAAGCUCAAAGACCAAGUAGAAGUCGCUAUAGGUGAUGGCAUGGAAUUCACGAUACCAGGUGACAAUAAAUACAAAAAGGGAAAAAUAUUAAUGAAUAAUAUCAAUGCAAUAACAGACAAUCAUAGAGAUAAUCGGUUAGACUGUGAAUUAAAUCACCAUGGAUAUCCUAUACAGGACGACGACACAAUUAGUCAAAAGUCUUAUGGUAGUCAUAAAAUUAGAUCGUUCAAAGAUGAAAGUCAUAAAGGUUCAGCAGACACGAUAGACGGAGAAGAAAAGAAAGACGCCAGUAAAGAAGAAUUAGGAUUAGAAGAAGAAUUAAUAGACGAAGAAGAAGACAAAUUAGAAGGUGAAUUAGGAAAGACGGAUAUAAUAGUAGUAGGAGCUGAUGAAGAAGUAUUAGAUGACUCACCGGCGGACUGCUGUCCAGAGCCAUGCUACGCCAAGUUUCCCUUCCUUGCUGGAGACGACGAGUCGCCUUUCUGGCAAGGCUGGGCCGUGCUUCGACUGAAAACGUUCAGACUGAUAGAGAACACAUACUUCGAAACCGCUGUGAUUACUAUGAUCUUGCUCAGUAGUUUGGCCUUGGCGUUGGAAGAUGUACAUUUACCACAUCGUCCGAUCCUCCAAGACAUCUUGUACUACAUGGACCGUAUCUUCACUGUGAUCUUCUUUCUCGAGAUGUUGAUCAAGUGGCUUGCCCUCGGUUUCCAGAAAUACUUUACAAACGCAUGGUGCUGGCUUGACUUCAUCAUUGUGAUGGUCUCGCUAAUAAACUUCGUAGCGGCGCUUUGUGGCGCGGGAGGCAUUCAGGCGUUCAAAACGAUGCGAACCCUGCGGGCGCUGCGUCCGCUCAGAGCCAUGAGUCGCAUGCAAGGCAUGAGGGUGGUGGUGAAUGCCUUAGUGCAGGCCAUCCCCUCCAUCUUCAACGUGCUGCUCGUGUGUCUCAUCUUCUGGCUCAUAUUUGCCAUCAUGGGCGUCCAACUGUUUGCUGGAAAGUAUUUCAAGUGCGUCGACCUGAACCACACGACAUUGAGCCACGAAAUAAUUCCUGACAGAAAUGCUUGCAUACUGGAGAACUAUACAUGGGAAAACUCGCCGAUGAACUUCGAUCAUGUCGGGAAAGCGUACCUCUGCCUCUUCCAAGUAGCGACCUUCAAAGGCUGGAUACAGAUUAUGAAUGACGCUAUCGACUCCCGAGAAGUGGGCCGUCAGCCGAUCAGGGAAACGAACAUCUACAUGUAUUUGUACUUCGUAUUCUUUAUCAUCUUCGGCUCAUUUUUCACUCUCAAUCUAUUCAUCGGUGUGAUCAUCGAUAAUUUCAAUGAACAGAAGAAGAAAGCCGGUGGCAGUCUUGAGAUGUUCAUGACUGAGGAUCAGAAGAAAUACUACAACGCCAUGAAGAAAAUGGGUUCGAAAAAACCAUUGAAAGCCAUCCCUAGGCCAAAGUGGCGACCACAAGCGAUCGUGUUCGAGAUAGUGACGGACAAGAAGUUCGACAUGAUAAUCAUGUUGUUCAUCGGAUUCAACAUGUUGACGAUGACACUGGACCAUUACCAGCAGACGGAAACAUUCAGCAUGGUGUUGGACUAUCUCAAUAUGAUAUUCAUCGUGAUAUUCAGUUCAGAGUGCCUACUAAAGAUAUUCGCCUUACGAUAUCAUUACUUUGUCGAGCCGUGGAAUUUGUUCGAUUUCGUUGUAGUCAUGUUCUCUAUUCUCAGUUUGGUACUGAGCGAUAUUAUAGAAAAAUAUUUUGUAUCGCCGACUCUUUUGAGAGUGGUGAGAGUAGCGAAAGUCGGUCGGGUACUCCGACUGGUGAAGGGCGCUAAGGGUAUCCGGACGCUGUUGUUCGCGCUGGCUAUGUCACUGCCGGCGCUCUUCAACAUCUGCCUUCUGCUGUUCCUGGUGAUGUUCAUCUUCGCCAUAUUCGGCAUGUCAUUCUUCAUGCACGUCAAAAACAAAGGCGGUCUUGACGACGUGUACAACUUCAAGACUUUCGUGCAGAGUAUGAUCCUGCUAUUUCAGAUGUCAACGUCAGCUGGUUGGGACGGCGUACUAGAUGGCAUCAUCAACGAGGAGGAGUGCGACCUCCCGGACAACGAGCGCGGCUACCCCGGCAACUGUGGCUCCGCCACCAUCGGCAUCACCUUCCUGCUGUCCUACCUCGUCAUCUCCUUCCUCAUCGUUAUCAACAUGUACAUCGCCGUCAUCCUCGAGAACUAUUCACAGGCAACAGAAGACGUGCAAGAAGGCCUAACGGAUGACGACUACGACAUGUACUACGAGAUCUGGCAGCGGUUCGACCCCGACGGCACACAGUACAUCCGCUACGACCAGCUGUCGGACUUCCUCGACGUGCUCGAACCGCCGCUGCAGAUACACAAACCCAACAAAUACAAGAUCAUAUCCAUGGACAUUCCGAUAUGUCGCGGAGACAUGAUGUUCUGCGUGGACAUCCUCGAUGCGCUGACGAAGGACUUCUUCGCGCGCAAGGGGAACCCGAUCGAGGAGACGGGCGACCUGGAGGUGGGGCGACCCGACGAGGCGGGCUACGAGCCGGUGUCGUCGACGCUGUGGCGGCAGCGCGAGGAGUACUGCGCGCGGCUGAUCCAGCACGCGUGGCGGCGCCACCGGCGCGCGCACUCGGAGCCCGCGACCACGGACGGCGAGGGCGGGUCGGGCGGCGAGGGCGGCGAGGGCGCGCCCACGGCCGUGCUGCUGGACGCCGUGACGCCCAACGGGCACCGCGUGGUGCUGCAGGGCGCGGGCGCGGCGCCGCGGCCGCCCGAGCCGGCGCCGCCGCGCGCCCGUCUGACCCGCGCUGGCGCUCGCGCUGCUGCCCGCGCUCAUCGACAACUCAGCGCCGCUGCCGCUGCCCGCACCGCUGCCCGAGCUCUUGAGCCCACCCAAGCGCACUUAAUUAUUUUUUACGCUAGAUGUUUCGUGUAAAUAGUAUGGCAGGGGCGGGCCGCGGUGCGCGGGAAGCUCGCGAGCGCGACCUGCGCGGCGUCCGCGCCGUUUCUUUCGAGGACGUUCUGUGACGUUCCAGUGAUGGAGUGUUUUAUAUUCGCGUGGCCGAAGCUUACGAGACUGUUGUUUUGCGACCGAUGUUCGCGCGUUCACCGUGUUUAACGUAUCGAUUAGUUUUUCGUUUUGUCGCGUUUAGAACUAACCCGGUGAGUGGAGCCCGUUGAGAGAAAUUGUUUUAGCGAACGUGCCGUGUUUUUUUCGUCACUAGUGAUGUAAUUGUACUCGUAAGGUAUCGGAUAAAAUUGAGGAAAUUCUAAAAGCUUAUUUUUGUAUUCGAUGAAUAUCACUGUCUAACUGUAUAUUCUAAACAGAGAAUGAACUCUUAUAAAAUGUGAAAUUGAAAUAUUAAGUUACCGAUUGUGAGAUAUCAUUUUCCUUCCCCAAAAUGGUGUCGAACAAUAGCACUGUCAGCAUGUCAUAGUGGAUACGGAUGUGAGAGCUGGAGCAAGUCGCGGGAGUGACAUCCGCUUCCUUCGUUCGCUCGAGGCGGGCCGCGGCGCGCCGGGCCACGCGGCCUCGUGGCGCCGCUGCGCCCGCGCUCACUGCUAGCAUCGAUGUUGCACUCCGCGUUUGAAUUUCAGCGAGUUAAGUUGUACCGAAACCAAAUUGUAAUGUAACAAACAUUGAAACCGCCGACUCGUCUGUCGACGGCCGAUAGUAUAAUCGUAUCUAAUAACGCUUAAGAAAAGCAAUGGCUACGCCGAUUCAUAUCAAUUUUGUCCGUAAUAGUUUUAAUAGUUCCAAUUUAUAAGCUUCUUACUGUACCGAGACGUUACGUUGUGUCUUCUAUGCGAGGCCGGCUCGGGUCGGGCCCUCGAAGUUAAGAGAGUUUAGAAAAAUUUUUGCAAAGUUAUCUAUGUAAGCUUAACAGAUCAGCUGUGAAAUCGGUACCAGAAUUCACUUCCGUCCUAAUUCAGUACGCAUCAUAGGAAUCGAGCCAUUUUAUGUAACGCGCACUCUCCACGUAGUUAAUGUAAUUUCCUUCCCCUGGAUUACAUUAGCUGCGAGCGGCCGGCGCCCCCGGCCGGGCGCUCGCGGCCUGCGGCUGCCUCUGGCGAGGACAGCGCCCGCCGCCGGACGCCCGCCACCUCCACAUAUUGCGAGCGGGCUGGUACUGCUUCGAUGAAUAUUGCUCUUGCAAACACAUUGUGGCGACGUACGCAUCAUAUUAUAGCGAACCAUUCGGCUACCAGACAGAUCACCGUAUUUAGCAAUAAGAUAAUUGAUAUACCUAAGAGAUCGAACGUCCCUUACCGAGUAAGGUAGAUAUUAUUGAAGUAUUUUUAUUUUUCGAUUGACAUCUCUCUAUAGUUAGUGGAGCCGAGUGAGAGAGGAGCGGCGGCUGCGCGCUCCGUCACCCCAGUUUCCACUCAGUAUUGUCUUUUCUAGCACAACAAACUACCUAAAUCAUUAAAAUUUUGUAAUUUAACUUUGGAAGUGGUCAAUUUUCUACUCUGUAAAUAUUGAGAGCUUAUCGCCGGGUAGAUCCCAAACCGCACGCAACACUAAUUUAUCAUGUCUUACUAUUGAUAUCAGCGAGUAUAAGCGAUACGUAAUAAGCUUGGAGCAAUAACGACGGUUGCGCUUUCAUUAUGGACAUGUCACCGAAUAGUUGUGUGUCGGUUGUUUUACAUUGGUUUACAUAAAUAUGAAAUUCUGAAGUGCAAGACAAUCUAAGUGUUGCAAAGUUUAAAGAGUCAGUGUAUUGUAACUAAAUGAGACGCUUACAGUUUUGCACAUAUUUUGCAAUAAUUACCUAUGGUUACAUAUAAAUUAUGUAGAUAUUUUAUAUGGGAGUGGUGUGCGGGCCGGGCCGCCUUCCCCGCGGCUCGGCUGGGCGCCGCUCCGGCCCCUGCGCCCGGGCGCGGUCCACACGCACCUCUGUCGUACGGACUAACAACCCACACCCAAGCAGACCAAGUCAUACGAACUGUCCACAAAUGUAAUAACGUGUAUACAGACUGCUUCUGAACGUGGUCGCAUGUGAACCGCACUCGGGACGUUUUAAUAUUAUGUUGGUACAUAUGUACGUUGAACACCUUCUUAUGUUGGUCAAACCAAACAUUUUACCUACUAUUAGGCAUAUUUGCACAAAGAAGUUGUGUUUAAUUAAGUUUAGACAAUAAGUUAUGAUAUCGUUGUAUUAUUUCUUUAACUACUACUUAUGACAAAAAAGUGAGUUCAGUUUGCUGAAUGAUAGAGGUUUAAUUGAGUAUUUAUUAUAUAUAUUGUUGAAGUUUGUACAAAAUAAAUUAAGUAAACGAUAAAAUAUAGAA